GACGACGACGACGUCGAUGGCCUCCCCCUCCCCCUCCUCCUCCUCCUCCUCCCGCAGCGAGAGCGAGCGCGAGCGAGAGCGAGAGCGUGAGGUGAAAGAAGGGAAGGCCGCGAGAGCGAUUGGUAGCCAGGCCACGAGACGAGCUCGUUUUUCGUACUCGCUUUUCUCGCGCGCGGGCGGGCCUCCUCUCCCCGUAGAGUAGUAGUGGUAGACUUGGCUGUCGAUUCGCGUUGAACGACUGUUGCUGCUGCUGCUGCCGCUGCCGCUGCUCCUGCUCCUGCUCCUGCUGCGGCUCUUGUCGUCGGUCGUCCGUCGCCAAUUAGCUUUUUGGAGGCGUGGAACAGAGUGGACGGAUUGGCAGGCAGAAGGGAGGGAGGAAGGUAGGGAGGGAAGGAGCGAAGGAGAGAGGGUGUGAGAGAGGGAGGGAGGGAUAUGAUGACCGACAUCUGAUAAUUUCGCUUUGUUGUUCGCGCCUCGUCGCCUCCGGAAGCGAUCAGCUCUUUAGAUUCAGGGGAGGGAUGUCCGAGAGAAAUUAAAUGUUUGCUUGCUCGCUUUCUAGCGCGCGGCUGUGUGCACAUUUUGGUCGGUAAUUUCUUGUUUCCGAGCGGAGAAUUGUUGGGCGCGGAGGGUGGAAUUUGCAUUCCAGUCGCACUCCUGACUUCUUAUUGCGGAGGCGGUGAGUCCUGUCUGAUGAUACGCUCGUUUCGGGAAACUCGCGUUGAAUUGCAGUGAAGCGGAGGGAUACCAUUAUCGGGGUUACAUUGGCUUCUGGAGAUUUAGCUGCUGCGAAGUUGAGAAUUUUUGCAGACUGCAACUCGGACGCCAAUCUGAUCUGCAAACUUCUUCGGACUACAAGUUGGGCCCGUGGACAACGCAUAAACGAGGGUCGAGGAGGCUUAGUUAUGCUGCUGAAAUAUGUGCACGGUUUUCUGCAAAGUUAACUGGACAAAGUACGAUUAGAAUGGUGAUCGUCAGUCGUGGUAAUUUCAAGGUUUCCAUGCGCUGACUUGUCGCAAGACUUGAAAGAAUAUCGUAACUGGGUGAAAUUACCUGAAAGGUGGAAAUGUGUUCCGAAGCAUCCCUUUCAACUGAAUCUAUUGGCUCCAAUGUGCUGACCACAUUUCAAAGUUACUUUUGCGGUGACGCUGAUGGACACAGUAUUGCAACUAUUAUCUUGCUAAGGAGGCCAAGUUCAUGUGAGCAAGGACUACCGCAGCCCCCCUUGUCAAGUGUGUAACAACAUACAAGUUCCGAAGAGUUUGGUCCUGGACAUUUCCACAUCAUUUGAACACUUACUUAUCAGUUCCAGUUGGAGCCUGGUGCGGGGGAUGGUCUUUGAGGGUGAACGAAGCUUUCGAUGGUGGUAUUGUAGAGUUUUGUGGAACUAAGCGAGGGGUUCUUGGAAGCUGUAUGCCGGGCUCACUGUUUUGUGAUCAUCCUGCCCCGAAUUUGUCAGAGGGUUGGUACGACACGGAGGACUCAAUCAGUUAUUGGAAACCUAGUCCUACGCUGAAGCUUGUGUUGAGUUUGUAUUCUACUCCUGAACAAUACAUUAUUCCAACUCAAAGGGAGUAGUUGAUGAGUCAAAAGAGUUAUUCCACUUUUGAGUAGCUCGUUUGGAGUCUAUUCAGUCCGUACCUCGUCCAUGCGUGGAUUGUGACUUGUCCAUGCCUUGUUACGAAGCGGGCUGAUAGAUGGUGAAGAGUGUGCAGUUUGGAGGUGGCGGCGGAUGGGCCGUUGAGCCCUCGGAAGACAUGUACUCUCAUCACGUUCAGAGUUCCUGGAUUCCUACUGUCGAUGGUAGGAAAAGAUUUCAUCGCGAUGUUACGUUGAAGAGUUCCUCUCCAAUCGUUCAGAGAGAGCAGGUGUCAGAAAUGACAGGAGGACCUCAACUACAGGAUAUGUUAGCUCUUCCUCUAUCUGGAGGAUGGAACGAACAAAUGCUAUCCGAUGUGUUGCAUGUUCCUACACAAUCUCAGCCAUUUGAGGUGAAAAGUCAGCACGUGACGAACAAUUCUGAGAGAUCAAUGCAGUCCGAAGAUUUGAAUACGGUCAUGGCCGACCGUCCAAUGAGGAUGUACAUGGAGCACGAUGUUCCGGGAUUAGCUGCCCGUUUAUUGCUCACAGAUGAUAACAGCAAUGAGGGAGGCAAUGUGGUCCAUCAUAAGAUCACGAACGAAGUUUCAAAUGAUUUCACUCUCGUGAAGGACUGGGAUCCUCGGAGCAGUAUGACCGAUUACCUUGGCGAGAAGGUCUUGAGGAACCAGAAGAAUGUGUAUGCAGCAGAGACGAGCAACGCCAAUGAUCGGAAUUUGUGGACGCCAUUUCUUCCAGAAGCCAGCGUUCCAUCCGCAAGGUCUGUACGUUCUGAAGGAAGACACUCGGAGAUUGAAGUGAAGAUGGAUCAAAGUUGUCACGGGGAGAUCCCUAACUUAAUUCCUGAUAGGAAUGGGCACAUGCAGGGCAUAAGACAGGCGGUGCCUUCUUUAGGUGGUCAUGCCGUUCGAAUAGGGGAGAUCAACCAACAUAAAGCUUUUGCGGAUUCAUCUCAGCUGCCUGGAUUUCUCAGGAGGAACGGGUUUUUCGACUCCAAGUCUCCUCUUUUGUCCAGCAUCAAUUUUCUACAAGAUGAGAGUAUGCAAACUGCGACGUUUCUGUCGGAAGCAGGCUUGUUAACCUCCGAGACACAGAAUUCUCAGAACUCUAAGAUCCCAUUUCAUACUGGAACAGAGCUGGGCAAUUUUACGGGGAGGAGUGUAGAAACACUUUCAACUCCUCGUGCAGUUGCUGUAUCUGCCAUUCAGCCUGAGGAGCUCUCUUUGCAAGUGCCAACAGCUUCCCCUUUAAGUAUGCUUCCAACGGCUACCAAAUUUAACUUGUUUGGUGGAUCAAAUCAAUCAUCACAAGUGCCUCGUGUCCCGCUACAUCUAACUCCAUCUUUGCAACAUCCUCCACAGCCGAUGGAACAGAUGGUAGGAGUCCAACAAUCCUUCAGAAUCUCAAGUCCGAUUCAAAAUGGCUGCUUGCCUCCGAGUCCCGGUUUCCAAGAAAAUUUGCAGACUAAGCUGAUCAGUGACAUUGGGCAAAGCAGAGAGGAACAACUGCAUAAUAGUAGCUGGCAACACGUUAUUAGUGGUUUGGAUCAAGGAGCCGUCUAUAAGCAGCCACAGCAAAGUCUGUCUCAGGGAUUACCACCCGAUCUGGAUAUCCAUGGUGGGAGCUUUGAUGGAAAUGGCGUCCCACCAGACUGGAUUUCUAAUGAGGCUCUAGUGAUACAGCAGCUCCAGGCAACCAUGCUACAGUUGGAUGUAGGAACAAGAAUGUGCAUCCGAGAUGCAUUGUACAGGUUGGCCAAAAGUGCGAAAGAAAGGAGAAGCUGUAGAACACACAAUGGACACCGGGAUCUGGCCGAAGCAGACAAUGCGACUGUCAGUUCUUCUAUCACUGGAGAUGAACCUUGUGACGAUUCCAGGUGCGAGUCUGAGAAACAAACCAAUCACGUAGAUAGGUCUAUAGCAAGUCUGCUAUUCAAUACAGGACCCGUUUUAAAGUAUGGGCUGCCGCCAGCUUACAAAUUCCGGUCAGUUUCGCAGCCUCAAUCCGGCGUUCAAACCGGUCCUUGGCUGUGGCCGUCAACAUGUGUGAUAGGCAACAAUUGUGCGUCCUCUUCUGGAAAGUACGCCGAAUCUCCUGGAGCAGCUAAGGUACUGUCUGGUGACCACUUGAACAACCAUUGGGCUGCCUUGCUUCUAGUAACUGGUUUCAGAGCUCCAAAUGAAGCUGCGAUUGGCUCUCGCGUGGAUCAGGAUAGCUACUUGCGCGUCGAGAAGUCAGUGUCUCCUGAUAACUACCAACGUCUUGAGAUGCAAGCAGACAGGUUGAACAUGCCUCUCUCGUCUGCCAUGCGAUCUUCUGCCCUUGUCUCAGGUAAUGAGACCAUGAAGUUUGACAGUUCAGCUGCUCCUUCUCGAUGUUCUAUGAUCCCUGAAGGUAUGAGACAGGAAGGAGAUGCGAGAGGACAGGAACUUAGAGAAGUAGGCUCAAAACGAGACCAGGGAUUUGUAGGUGGAUCUAGUUUAGUCGAUGUUAACUACCAAUCUGCAGUGAUGAGUUACAGAGAAGAUGUGGGUAAUGAAGUAGCGGCAGUUGCCCCUAGUUUGCAGGAAGAAGGUAGAGUUGAAAACAUAUUCUUUGACGGAGGGAACUUUCAGUCCAAAUUUUCUUCAGAAAGUGGAUCCGGUCAGUUCGCAAAUGCAGAUGGAUUUGCCCACAUGACCGCGAGGAACGGAUGCCACAUGUUUGGCGGUGAUAUGAAUAGCUUAAGAGCGCCUCACAGGAAUCAACUUUCUGGAAAGGAGGAACUGGACAUGGAGGGACUGUGGCAUACUUAGUUAGAACCCUCCGGGAACUUUCUCUUCAUUGACAAGUCAAAUAGUUCCCGGUUAUCAUUUAAACCUCUUCUCUAUCAUCUAUCGAAGUUGACGACCUUAGGCCUCAAUCCCCAUAGCCUGCUUCCGGCUCAAGAAGGUUUUCUGAGUUAAAUCCUCUUCAUAGUACUGACUUGUGUCACCUCAGUGGUUGAAGCACUGCACUUUGCACCAGAGUUAUAGUCGAAGAGUCGAAGCCUCAAGCCCCUUCCGAGCUCAUUUUUUAAUUAAGAGUGGAACCCACAAACCUUCUGACGUCGUGUGGGAACAUGGAAAGAUACUGAAGAUAAAACCUUACAACAGGAUUCUGUAGACAUAAGGAGGUAAUGCAGAGGUACUCGUGCUUCACAAGUAGUAGCAUCUGUACAUUAAGCAGGUAGAAAUUACAUGUUGUAUGAGGGUCUAAUGCAAUUAUAUUGAAUAUGAAGUUGGCAAUUGCUCUCCGAAAGAUGGAGAUUAUCUGUUUAA